AUGUACCAUAGCCAAAGGAACUCUCAUAUAAAUAGUCAAUCCACCACAAGACUAAAUCGAUAAUAAACGCAACAAUAAAAAGACUCCCCUGACAAUAACAGUCCAUCAACAUCCUCUGAUAAUCAAGUGUUUUUUAAGAAAAGAAUGAACAAAAUUCCAAGCAUUGAAAUUAUCAAGUACGAUGUCAAAAACAUGACUAUUUUCAAUUAGCGUUAAGAUGAAUAAAUUUAACCUUAGCAGAUUAUGCUAAGAUCACAAAUCCCAUAAAAUAUAAUGAAUUAAAAUUUGAAUUAAGGAAAAUACAUUAAAAUAAACAAAGAUAACGUGAAAAGAUAAGAUCUUAUCGGAAACAUUUCACAGAGCACUGAAGUUCUUUAAAAUUUUUUAGGUAAAAUAAGAAAUAACGAGUAGAAUUAAAAUAUCAAAUCAAAUCACUUACCUUAGUUCUCUAUGUACAGCUCGUAAAAUCUUUAGCAAGAUUUAAAGUGA